AUGUUAUCUCGAAUGAGUAACCUUCGUGUUGUUUAUGUUACGGCUCCUUCGAAAGAUGUUGCCCUUAAGAUUGCUAGGGCGGCAGUGGAGAACAAGGUGGCUGCUUGUGUAAAUAUCAUUCCUGGUGUGACAUCUAUAUAUGAAUGGGAGGGGAAGCUGCAUGAAGAUUCCGAAGUGGUCAUGAUUUUUAAGACGCAAGAGCAGCGGGUUGAGGAGCUCCACAAAGUGAGUCUUCGCGUGUCUCAUUUAUCGUUAGGAGAGGUCAUUAUGGCUAACCACACUUACGAUGUGCCAGCUUUUGUUUCGAUUGCAGCUGAUGCAGUGUCAUCCCCAUAUGCUCAAUGGGUCAUUGAUCAAACCAAAUAA